AUGGACGAGAGAGACUACGUUUAUGGCAUCCUGAGCAUGACCGCUACGCUGACAACCAGUAUGAACAGACGCGGAAGCGCUGGACCUUCACGGGUGCCUGGCUUGGAUGGACCUCCGGUAUCCAUCCUCACAGCUGAUCACGCUCCGUGUCUCUUGGUUGACUACUCCCGCACAGUGACCGAGGUGUUUACUGACACGGCCGAAUAUGUCAUGCAGCUUCACGACUCUCUUGACGUCAUCUUGUUUGCCUGUCAAACCAAAAGAAACCGGGUUGAACUUCCAAGUUGGGUACCCGACUGGGAGACCAUUCGACCGAAUCUCGACUUCGAUUGGAUUCUACACGAACCGGUGAGGAGCACUACGGCUAUAAAUUGGAGUCGCAUCCAUGGGGAUAUGCUUGCCGCGGCAUCGAACACCCAGUUCAACGUGUUUCAACAUUAUUUGCACUCGCGUCCAAAGAUGAAAUUCAUCUCAGAUGAUGCAGGACGCAAAUUGAAAUGUCGUGGCACUGUUCUUGGUCGCUUGAAGGUCACCUCGUCUGCGCAAAACGAGCUGCAGUCUCGACUUGUACUUCAAGCUCGAGCGUUCAUGGAUUUCAGCAAUAUCUUGAGCAACUUCAGAAGUGGUUUGCACACGAGGAUCGAGAAUUUGAGAGGCUUCAAGGAAAUUGAUUUCCGAGCCAGACCAGUUCCAUCUCCGGGGCCUCUUGAUGUCUUCAAAACUUUCUUCGGAAUGGGAGAUUUCCCAACCCACCGAACUACAUCUUCAGUGGUGCGGUCGCUGUGCAAAACGCCGUGUCUGGUUCCGGAAUCCGCAGCAAGCGGCGAUGUAGUUGCCUUGCUGAGGGGUGCUUCUCUGCCCGUCGUUAUACGGGCCAGUAAUGCAAACAGCAAUACCUUCACAGUGAUCGGGCCCUUGAUUUCUUCCCAAUAUAUCGAGGAAGAAGCAGCGAGAGUGGAGGCUAUUGUGAGUUUCUGGAUUAAAGACUCCAACCGAGGAUCGUGUUACAUGCCCAUGAGCAGUCCCCCAGGACUCCGUGCAUUCUUACGGUAUUUCCGACCCGAGGAAGCAGUCUUUGUGGGCAACAUAUUCCGCACCUUUGCCAAUAUACCUCUGGACUUGGUGCUCACGGCGGAAACCGUGGUGUCGGUCCUCACGCAACCCAACGCACAACUCAACACCAGGUUGGCAGGCUCGGCGCUGUUCAUCGGAGACGGCCUGGCGAGGCCGACGGAGCGACAGUGCGACGGCACGGCCAAUGCGUGGAUGACUGAGGACAACGACAACCGCGAUGCCGACAUCUACAUCUGCGAAGACAUCUUCGACUGGCCGUCGAUCGAGGACAUUGCGAACCCGCCACAGACGUCGUGGGCGCGGGACAGCCACGGCCAGCCGCGCCCGGGAUACUCGUGCGCGGGACUCGGGGAUUUCGACUCGGACUGGAUGAAGACGGUGGGCUCGACCAUCCUGCACGAGUACAUCCACUGGGGGUACCUGUUCAUCCACGUGCCGGGCUGGUACGAAUUCAUCCGGGUGAACGACCAGGGCUGGCGAGCCAUCGACGACUACUCGGGACCGAACCCGCCCAACGGCUACGGGCCCUACCGGGCCAAGCAGAUCAAGGACAUCUACGGCGCCUGGGACCAGGCGUUCCCCGCGACCGUCAACAACGUCGACAACUACGUCUACUACGCCCUCUCCAAGUACUGGUCCUGGCGCUGUGACAGGCAGUUUGGCCCCACGCCGAGCGACCGAGACGCCCAUCAGCGCGUCCGCAGCGGCUUUCGACCACACUAUUCGUGA